AUGAUGGAAGAGAGUGGCAUUGAGACAACACCUCCUAGUACCCCACCCCCCAGUACCUUGGGAACAUCGACUGGUGCUGCUGCACCUGUUACCACCCCGGUUCCACCAGUUUUAUCGAGUCCUUUGGCUGGUCCAUCCUUUCCACCUUCUCAGUCUUUCACUCCUCCUACCUUCUCUUCCCCUCUCCCACCAUCCUCUGUUCCUCCAAUGAGAACCUCUGCUCCUCUGCCAUUUGCAACUCCUCCUCCUGCCCCAGGGGUACUAGCCGCUCCUCUUCACACAUCUGCACCUGCAGCGUUCAGCAGUCCUUUGCCGUCAUUCUCUUCUCCUGCUUCUUUUCCACCUCCUCCUCUCAGCUCUACCCCGGCUCCAGGCUUAGUGGCACCACCUAUGGGUCCUCCUGUCACGGGAUUUUCAAUGUCUUCUACCUACGAUAUCACAAAGGGUCAUGCUGGACGAGCACCACAAACACCUUUGAUGCCAACAUAUUCUACACCCCCUGUCACAGUUCUGCCAAAUACUGUUACACAACAUGCUGCUAGUACUUCAGGAUCAUCCAUUACCUUUCCCGAGGAGCCUGAAGAUCCCCGGGUGCAUGCCGUACACAAUGAAGGACCUACUGGAGGGAUAUGGGGCUUUAUUAAGGGAGUGGCUGGCAAUCCCAUGGUGAAGUCUGUGCUGGAUAAAACCAAACAUUCAGUGGAGAGUGUGAUCACCACCCUGGACCCUGGCAUGGCUCCAUAUAUCCGAUCUGGAGGAGAGCUUGACCUAAUAGUGACAUCUAACAAAGAGGUGAAGGUUGCAGCUGUUCGUGAUGCUUUUCAGGAGGUGUUUGGAAUGGCUCUUGUAACAGGGGAAGACGGGCAGUCAAAUAUUGCACCACAGCCUGUUGGAUAUGCUGCUGGGUUAAAGGGAGCCCAAGAAAGAAUAGAUGGAUUACGCAGGAGUGGUGUCAUCCAUGAGAAGCAACCUGCUGUGUCAGUAGAAAACUUCAUUGCGGAGCUGCUGCCUGACAAGUGGUUUGAUAUUGGUUGCGUCAUUUUGGAUGAUCCAAUCCAUGGCAUUCGUUUAGAAACCUUUACACAAGCUACACCUUUGCCUUUGGAAUAUGUACAGCAGGCCCAAAAUCUUACCCCACAGGACUACAACCUCAGGUGGUCUGGCCUUUCUGUGACGGUGGGCGAGGUACUGGAGAGAAGUCUACCACAAGUCAGUAGGACUGAUUGGCAUGUGGUUUUCACAGGCAUGUCCCGUAGACAGAUGAUUUUCAGUGCAGCCAAAGCUCUUGCAGGAAUGUACAAGCAGCGACUCCCACCAAGAAUACUUUGA